AUGCAGUUCGUUUCCGCGGUAUCCAUUGCCCGAAGGUCGCCUGCUUUGCUACGCACUUCGUCACACCGGCUGUUUCAAAGCGUGACUCGUAAAUGUUCCACCGAACAAGAAAGUGUCGUUGCCAAGGUGCCUGUUCCUGCGGAGAAGCGGCUGAAAUUCGACCAAAUUACGCACACUGGCCAAGCGUGGGACGACGAGGACAUCAGGAUGGCGCGAUUUGUGGACGGUAAGAAGCUGGUCAAUCCGAACAUUGCCAUGCAUCUGAUCGCUCAAGUGCCGCCUACGCCGUGCAAAGAACGUAUCGUUUCCUGCGAUGGCGGUGGUGGUGCACUCGGUCAUCCGAAGGUGUACAUCAACCUUGUAAGGUUUUCUUAG